AUGUCAGCCACAUCACCAGAUUUAAUGGAAGCAACUUCACAAUGUGGAAGUAUCGCCUUAGCCUUGUUCUUGAAAGAGGUCAAGAAUGAGGCAGGUGAUGUCACCAACACAGCAGAAAUUACUGCAUGGUAUGAAAAAGAUAUUGUUGUUCGUAAUUACAUUUCAGCUACUGUAGAAGAUUCGAUUAACGAGAUGUUAAUGAAUUGCAAGACGUCUCAUGAAAUGUGGGUUCGAUUGUUGGCACAGCAUCAAAAAAAUUCAGCAGAAAAUCUUCUACUAGUACAGCAACAGUUUUUCGACUACAAAUAUGUAGAAGGUAAUAGCAUCAUGGCACACAUUGCAGCCAUCGAGGCCAUGGCCACCCAAUUAAAGGACAUGGGAGCUCCGGUGGACAACCAAUCCAUACCCGGACGCCUAAAUAAUCCAGCCACAAAGAAGAACAAGUGGGUAGACCAUAUCUGUGAGUAUUGCAAGAAAGUGGGCCAUGGUGAAAAAGUCUGUCGUAAAAAACAUCGAGAUGAAGAAUUUGCAUCAGCCGUGUCUGCAGCUUUGAAUGAAAAAACAACACCGUCAGCUUAUGUAGCUCGAUCGACCAAACAACACGAACAGAAGACCGACUGGUAUGCAGAUUCAGGUUGCACGUCUCACAUGAGUGACCAACGUUGUUUCUUCAUUUCCUUACGACAAAUCAAUCCAACCCAUUGGUCAAUCAAGGGAAUCGGUUCUGACAGCCAAACACUGCAAGACGUUGGAAUGGGCGAUAUACCAAUUAAAGUUCGUCUGAACAAUCAAUGGAAAAAAGGAAUUAUCAGAGAUGUCCUGUUCGUCCCUGGGCUCGGAGCAAACUUGUUCUCCGUCGGAGCAGCAGCAGAUCUUGGUUUUGAUGCCUUGUUCACUGCCACAAACGUAAGCAUAUCCAAAAACGGCGAAGAAAAGCUGAUAGGAAAACGAGCAGAUAAGAGGCUUUACCAUCUUGAGAUGUUGGCAGAAACAUCAUCGCCGAACCAGCAUUUAACUGAAUUCGCCUUAACUGCAAGUCCGCCCUCAAUGAAACAUGGCAUCAGAGGCUUGGGCAUAUUAACUACGAAACAGUAA